CAGCAGCAGCAAAUAAUAAUAAAAACAAUUUCAACACUUUAUUGCUAAAAAAUACAAAUCCCAAUUCACGCCAAUUCACACCACUUCACACACACAAAUGGAUACAGGGAUGGAAACGCUGAGCAAAGAGGACCAGGACCUACUCGCGCGGUGCCUGAGCAAACUCAACACAUCCGAUAUCUCACACUGCCUGCUCCUCCCCUCCGGCGAGUUCCAGCGCGCCACCGGUCUCAACGACCGGCAAUCCGCACACGCACGCACUCUUAUUUUCCAGAUCCUCUACCCCUGGCGCGCCAACCUCCAACGUGCCCUCCCACACCCCCAGCAGCAGCAGCAGCAUCCCCCAGGGAUCACCACCGGUGACCCCCGCCUGGACCUCUGCCUCGGCGGCUUUCUCCCACCAGGCAGCCUAACAGAAAUUGUCGGCGAAAGCGCUACCGGCAAAACUCAGCUCUGCCUGCAACUAACAGUCUCCGCACUUCUUUACAAUCCCUCAUCCGAAGUCAUCUACAUCUACACCGAGGGCGCAUUCCCUGCAGGUCGGCUUGCCGGGAUGGCGCGCAGGCGGACGAAUGAUGUGGAUGCUUUGAUGCGGCGCGUCCACGUGGCGGAAUUCGCUGACCUGGAGACUAUGCUGCAUGCGAUGGAGUACAAGGUGCCGGGAAUUUUGGCCAAGGGGGUUGUGCCGCUGGUGGUCGUGGACUCUGUGGCUGCGCAUUUAAGAUUCGGCGAUGAUCCGGAUCAAAUGGCAUUUUAUCGCAGGAGGGCGGCGAUGAUGGUUCAGUUGGGCAAGAGGAUUAAGAAAUGGAACGGACAAUGGAGAUGUGCGGUUUUGGCAACGAACCAGGUGCGAGAUGUUUUCGGAGAACCGCCCGCGGGCGCAUAUAGGGCUCAGGUGGUUUCGUUAGUGGCUGAUAGGAAGGCGCCGGCGUUAGGCGCUGUGUGGGCCAAUAUUAUUGAUGCCAGAAUCGUCAUGUACCAGCGCAGAGCAGCCGAUGCUGGUGCCGCUGAGAUUGCGGAGAACAUUGGGCGGAACAGACGCUGGAUCGAACUGGAAUUUUCGCCAUGGGCACCGCGAGCGCAAUGCGAGGUUACUCUUAGCGACAGUGGAUUCCACCACAUAUAAUGUGUUUUGUUUUAUUUCAACAACCCUACACUAACAGAAAAGAAUGAGGCUACAAGUAUUCUGCAAAACGGCACCCUUCCCCCCAGAUUGACUAGCAACCUGACAGGUGUUUAGAAACCAGUGGCAAUAGACCAUUAUGGCUGACGAUAUUAAUCAGUUCGCUGCUUCUUUUGAAGAGAAGAAGCUGGGGCAGAUGGAUUCUUGUGGACACGCUUGGGCUUGGGCUUUG